UGUUGUUCUCGUAAAUCAGACUGAGUUUUUUUAUCAACAUUCGUCUGGUAUCAUCGCAUCCACAGGCUAACCCCACGUGCCCCUCAUCGCGCUGUGAGCCUGCGACCUGCGUCUCGUUAAUCGAACCAGAUUGUCUAGCCCAAAAUAUAAAAUAACCUCACAAAAUGAAACUAAAUCUCUCGGUAUACUUGGUCACAGACUCAACCCCGGCCAUCCUCAAGGGGCGGGAUCUCUGCGCCAUCGUCGAGCAAGCCCUAAAAGGAGGUGUAACGAUCGUCCAGUAUAGAGAUAAGAAGAGUGACACGGGCGCCCAAAUAGAGACGGCCCGAAAGUUGCAUCAGAUUACCAAAGCAUAUGGCGUGCCUUUGCUAAUUAAUGACCGUGUUGAUAUAGCUCUUGCUGUCGGGGCAGAGGGAGUCCAUCUCGGCCAGGAUGAUAUGGCUAUUGAGAUAGCUAAAAAGCUUCUUCCUGAGAAUGCUAUUAUUGGAGUUACUGCAGCGUCUAUCGGCGAGGCCCAAAAGGCCAUCGCUGCGGGUGCCAACUAUCUUGGGAUUGGUACAAUGUUCGCCACGCCAACUAAGACAAACACCAAGUCCAUCAUCGGUACUGCCGGCACCCAGGCCAUUCUCGAUGCCAUUUCCGACACAGGCUGUUCGGUUGGCACGGUCUCCAUUGGCGGGAUCAACACAUCCAAUGUCCAACGAGUCAUCUAUCAGUCCCGUGCUCCGCGGAAGAGUCUUGAUGGCGUUGCCAUCGUCAGUGCUAUCAUGGCCGCGGAUGACCCCCAGGCAGCGGCUGCUGAGUUCGCAAGACUCGUUUCCAGCUCGCCUUCUUCUGUAUGGAGUCAAGAGGCUCUUACUGUCGAUACCGCGGCGCUGCUUAAGCAGGUCCCCCAGGUUAUUCAGGAAGUUGUCAAAGCUCAUCCUCUGGUGCACAAUAUGAUUAACUAUGUUGUAGCCAAUUUUGUGGCCAAUGUGGCGCUUUCCAUGGGCGCAUCACCGAUCAUGUCCUUGUACGGAGACGAAGCCGUUGACCUUUGUAAAUUUGACGGAGCCCUGGUAAUCAACACGGGUACGCUCACGAGCGAGAGUAUUCCCAACUACUUGAAAGCCCUGAAGGCGUAUAAUGUGCGCGGCAACCCAGUGGUGUACGACCCAGUUGGCGCUGCAGCCACCGGCAUUCGUCGCGGAGCAGUCACCCAGCUUAUGGCGGGAGGAUACUUCGAUCUUAUCAAAGGAAAUGAGCGAGAGAUCUGUCAGGUAUUUGGUAGCAGCGGGGUGACCCAGCGGGGUGUCGACAGCGGGCCAAGCAGUCUUGACAGCCACGGAAAGGCCAGAAUGGCGCGUGAUCUGGCCAGGCGAGAGCACACCCUGGUCCUCCUAACCGGCGCCACCGAUUACCUGAGUGACGGAGAGCGCGUGGUCGCCGUUGAAAACGGUCACGAAUUGCUCGGUCAAGUCACUGGUACUGGCUGUGCCGUGGGCACUGUAUCCGGAGGCUACUUAACCGCACACCCAAAGAACAAGUUCCUCGCCGUGUUGGCCGGUCUCUUGAUGUACGAGAUUGCUGCUGAGAAUGCCGCGUCGAAGGACUAUGUCCGUGGACCGGGCAGCUUCGUCCCGGCUUUCUUAGAUGAGCUGUAUGCUAUCCGACAGGCUGCUUUGAAGGGUGACCAUAGCUGGUUUGCUGGUCGGGCGAAGGUGCAUGAGAUCAAUUUGUAGGUAGAGUAUACCCGAUGUAUAGAUUGAUUGAUUGUUGCAUUAUACCCGAUUACAGCACUCUUGGAGACUCUUUCCGGGUCGCCGACGGCCAAAGGGCCCUGACUGCGGAACUUUUUUAUACAUAAAAC